UGCCUUGCCUUGCAAGUCAAAACUAAAGCAGCCAUCAUGGCGAACCCAAGAAAAUUUAGUGAGAAGAUUGCGUUACACACUCAGAAGCAAGCAGAAGAAACAGCUGCCUUCGAACAGAUCAUGCGAGAAGUGUCAGAUGCAACUAGUAAAGUGCCUAAGCAACAUCUUCUCAUUAACCAAUCUCUUGGCUCCUACCGAGGUGGGUCUCUGCCCAAUGUCAACCACAUAGGCAGUAACUCAGUAGAUUUGAAGAGUGCUUUGAGCAACUUGGAAGAGAUGAAAGCAGGACGAAGUGACAGCCCUAUGGUUUAUCGCGAACGGGUUGUUCGGAGUGUGGGAGUGGGUCCAAUGAGGUCAAGACCAAAUGAGAAACGGAUAGACACCUCACCGUAUAGUAGUGGCGCAUAUCUUUCGCCUCCUCCAGACACUAGUUGGCGACGCACAAACUCGGAUUCAGCUCUACACCAGAGCGCCAUGAACAUAGGAGGUGAAACUUCUUUACACAGCUCAGGUUCACAAAGGAGAGUGACUGAUGGACAGUUGUUAGGAAUUGGGUUAGGUGACACUGACCCUAGCAGAAAGCAGUUGAAUUUAUCUUCCGACGGUAGACCCAAGUCAUGCUGUGAGGUUCCAAGGGUUCCAGGAAUUAACAUCUAUCCAUCGCAGCAGGAGCCCGGUACACUUCAGAUUCCCAUCGGCAACAAUACAGGCUCACUACCUGACCUUACCAGUUUCCAUUUUCCACCACCUUUGCCUACACCUUUGGAUCAGGAGGAUCCAAGCAGUUCUUCUUACAGUACACUGGUUGAUUUCCUGGUGCAGAGUCCGCAGGCUGUUAGUCCAUCCACACUUUCUCCCACCAGUCUGUCUUCCCGACAAAUGGGCAGGUUCACGUUUGGAGGCUCACCUCAGGAGUCUCAAGGGUCCAGUCCGGGCCACUCACCUAGUACAAGGCGGAGACAGUAUCCGCAACAUCUACAGAACCUCGUGAUUGGUGGUCCACAAAGCCCAACACAGCUCACACAAACAGCAAAUCAUCUUUCAGUGCCAUCUCUUAUGAACUCAAGGUACCUUCAUACUUGCAAGGGUGUGACCCUGGAUAACAGUGGAAUUGACAACUUUCCACAGAACCAAUACGUUUAUCAACAACCAACACAUCAGCAUCAACAGCAGCCGCAACCCCCACCUCAGUCACUACAACAGCAGCAGCAGCAACAGAUGCAGAGUCAUCGGACAUCUCCGCAAUGUGUUCAACAGACGCAGCAACAACAGUCGCCAACAACAACAACAACCACUCAACACCAACAACAAACACAACAACAGCAGCAGCAGCAGCAGCAGUGCAGCCAAAGUCUGAUCUCAAACUCACAGAACAUGCAAACUCAUCACUUGAAUUCCUUGAGUACAUAUCGAAGUCCACAGCCCCUCAGUAGGCCCAGUCCUCAGACUUCCCCUGGCUUAAUCGUACAGGGCUCUCUUGUUUACCGAAGUGGAAGUCCUGGUGAAACAAGUCACAGCUGCCCACAGAGUCCUGUUUCCCCAGCCAGUUCCCCAGGUAUAGGACCUAGCACGAGUCCAUUCUCGGACCAAAACAACUAUUUCAUUAGCCAGGCACAGGCAAACGCCCUUCAGCAACACUUCGAACAGUUCAGUAUGAUGGACAAUCCUGUGUCUACUAGCAUCAAUUACAUUGGUUCGCAAAGUAAUGCAACGCACUAUUCACAAGCAGUUAGUCAUGGCAGUCCAGAGGAUGGGUUGACCCAAAUUGGAACGCAGGAGUUAUCAACAGACCAAGGCUUCUACAGCCAGUCUCCGUCACAGCUGCAGUACAACCGUCCAGUGAGCAUCAAUCCCAGUGGGAGCAGCACGCAGCAAACCACACCGCAGACUCCAAACACUCCUUCCAGUAUUCCAGACAUAAUUCUGACAGGUAUACUUGCUGAUUUCUCUUCAAGCACAGGGGAUGAUCUCUCUCGGCAAGAAUUUGUCAAAGACUUGGGUUCGGCUAUGUCAGGAUCAUUUGACACAGAUCUGCUUCCAUCAGAUGAAAUGCUGAGGGAAGGUCUUGUGCCCAUUGACUUUGAUGGUCUGCAAAUGUUAACAGACCCAGAAAUGAAUGUUAUAACAGACCCUGCAACAGAAGAUAAUUUCCGUUUAGACAAGUUGUAGUAGCAGCAUGACGGCCUCAGUGCCGAACAAAGUUGAGGUUUCCCCCAUGACCAGACCAACCAAGCCAAGGAGAGUGUCUUGUGUCCAAAGGUGAGUGACCACAUCCAUUGUGUGCCAUUCAUAGUGUUUGUUGCUGCAAGUCCGGAUGCACUAGACAAGCACACGCUGCCAUGCCUAGAGUUAUGGACCCUUCGAGGUGAAGAGCCACUCAUCAUGUAUUUUGGAAACUACAGCAUGGAGAUAGAAAAAAAUUUCCUCCACUUUUUGAUAUUAACAUUCCUUUCCUUGAACCAUCACCAAUUUGUCUGCAAUGCCAUAUGACAAUAUUUUAAAGGCACUUAUUUUUGUGUAAUUUCUGUGUAAAACAUGUUUUUCCAAGAAGUCUGUCUUUUGUUAAAAAAACAGAAUUAUAAAUAACUUGUUGGAGUUUGUUUUAACUUGUCUGUGUAUAUACACCACGAGGAAUAUUUUCUCCAAUUUAAAAUCACAAGGUGUGUUUAAAUAAGUUUAUUCUAAUAUAAGGAAUGCAGAUUGGGUUGCUGAUUUAUGUUCCUACUGUACAGACAUCUGCUGUUGCAGAUUGAGUGUUCUGAGUGUGCCAACGUGUAAUCAGUUUGCUUGAUGUAGGGGCACAUCAUUUUAAGUUUAUAAUGACCAUACAGCAUAUUGCUUCAGAAGCUAAGAGAAGGUAAAGAAAAUCAAAGUCUGUCACCAGAAAGUACCUUAAUGUCAUGAAAUUAUUGAGAGAUACGUAAACUGUGAACCACUGGAAUAGAUACUAUUCUAGAGGAAUGUCUUUUAAGUAUUUGUUAUAGAAAAAUGUGUUUCAGUUUUGAAUUACUUAUACAUUCUGCUACUGAAAUUUAAACAAAAAUGAGACAAUAAUUUGCUUAGAGUUGUGGUAUCUUGUUUUGCCCUAUAAAUGUGAUUUCUGCAUUGAGAAAGUAGUCACUGAGAAUGUUCUUAGUUUAACAGACAUUUGAUUUUGCAAAGUGCUCAGAGUUGAAAGUGGUUUGAAAUAAACCAUUAUAUUUUAUUUCAUACACUUUAGAUGUAACAGGUUUGUAGAAAUGAAACAAAUUGCAGUCAGUUUGCUUAAAAUAUAUUCAUGACUGUUUUGUGACUAACAUUAAGUGAAACACAUAACCUCACAAAAGAUUCUACACUAACAGUUAUGUGUGAGUUCUAAGUUGUGACUGCUGUGUGCAUGCAAUAAUAGAAUGGAUUCUCUAAUUGGGAAGAGAAAUAAAAUUGGAUGAAUGGGAAACUGGUAGCAGUGACAGACAAUAGAUGAGUGCCAAAUAAUUGAUUAAUAUGGAGAUCUUUGUAAGCAGGACAGUAAAAUGAUUAACAGUGGGCUAUACUGCCAAAAUUUAAUUUCUGGCAAAAGCAAGAACUUUUAGUCACCACAUGCUCACCUAGUCUAUGUUGCAGGCAGUGUCCUUCCUAUUCACUGGGUACCAGAAGCUCCUUCUGUGGGGUAAAAUUGGCCAAAGUAUGAAGCUGACCAUUUACAAACUCCUAGAAUGCAUGGAGCUUUAUGUCCAUGCCCACCAUACAUUGAGACAGUGUUGUGUUAGGCACAGGGACAGUUUUCCCUUAUGAUGCAAUGGAAUACAAUGAAGUCUUAUUGGGUAAUCAGCUAUGUAAGUAUGGAGUUACAAUCAAACAUUUCAGAGACUGUCUGACCAUCAGGACAGUCUGAAAUGUAGCAUUGUAACUUCAGACUUCUCACAUCUUAUUACCUAGGAAGACUUUGAAUUUUAUCUUUGCUUUUUAGAGAAAUAAAUUGUAGUGAUAUGUCAGUAGACUGAUUUCUUUGUGUAUAAUUUCUGACUUCAUUGUCUGCUUGGCACGUAAAUACCAUUCUUUUUAGAGGCACAUUGAAAAUUUACUUUUGUAAGACAUUGAUGUCCCAUUAUAAGCAGUAUUGUUAGAUGUGCUAAGUUUUGCACAGUACUUGGUUUUUAUAUAGUUAUCUUUUAUCUCCCUUCUGUGACUGUGGAGUACAUUAAGCAUGUAAGUCCAGAUGACUCAAAAUUUUGUAUUUUGUGUAGUUUCUUUAGCACAUAAUAUGUAAAAACAUAUUUUUUUAAGUUAUAUUAUGCUUGAACUCUGUUUUCUUUGUUAUAAAAAAUUCUGAUAGGGUAUAACAGAUAAUUAUACCGAUGUCUGAGUUUAAUUUUCAUUCACAGGCUGACUAUUCAUUUUGCCCUAACUCUGUCAUUGAGUUUUGUGUAUUAUCUUUACAGUGUUGGUCACUAGAUUCCAUAUAUUUUCUUGCCAUGAAUGACAGAUUAAACAUUUUAAUGUGAAUAUUAAUCUGUGUACACAUUGAAUGAAAGUGGACAUUUUUUAAGCUUCAUGUUGAAACUAGGUACUUUGAAAUGAAUACAUUUGAUCAGCUGCUAUUACUCAUUAUCACUGAUGUGUUACUUAACUCAUACAAUUCAAUUAUGUUUUGGAGGAAUAGAGAGUAGGAAGAUGUAUUCCAGUCAGGAGUACAUAAUUUUGAAAAUCAGUUCUUCACAGGUUUGCAUCCCUCAUUCAUCUUGAUGUUCAUUUAUUGCUUCUGUCCAAAUCUGUUAUUGACAAAGUUGAUUAAAUAUGCAGAGAGACAUAAACUGAUUUCCUUGCCUUUUGAAAAAAUAUGCACCAUAUGGAAAAUAUGCCAAAUUUAAAUUAUAGACCUUAAUAACAUUUAUAUUUUAUGUCACAUGCAGCAUUUGUAUGAUCAGAAUUUUUUUAGGGUCUUAUUAAAGUUUGAUUUCUGCUUUAUGUAAAGUGGUGAUUAUUAUGAACUAAUUGCAAAUCAUAAUUAAAUUUGUGUGACAACUUCAAGUGUAGGUACGUGUAGACUUCUAUAUGAAAUUUGUUGACAUUUGUAGGCCAGUGUUGGAGAUAAAUAUGAAAAUAGAUGGAUGGGCACAGUUUCUUCAUUAUGCAUUUAUUUCACCCAUUGCAUUCAGAAAAUGUAUUAAGUAUUUUUAUAUUAUGUAGCCUGUUACAAAGUUUGAAUAAUAUAAAAAUGGCAGCAUUGUAUUUUAUACAAUGAUAAACUAACUUGCAAUUCGUUACUGAACCAUAGUAGUUUUUAUUGCUUCUUUCCUUGUCUUUUGGAAACAAUUUUUUAUUCAGGCAAAGUAUCAGGUGUUAUUAAUUCUCCCCUUGUUAGAUACUAGAAGAGUGAAAGGGAUAUUAGGAGGUGCAAUGCUGUGAUGCUUUGUGAGUAACAUAGUAGAUUUUAAGGUUAUGUUUAAAUGGUGUCUUUUAUCUGCUUUUUGUCUGCCAUAUCUUUAGCCACUUGGUAUCAGUAGCAUGAUGAUGCCACAUUAUUUUCUUCCAUAGACCUUACUGAACAUUAUGCCUAAGUGGUUGUCACUCCUGGGGGUCCUGGAUUUAAAUUUCAGCCAAGAGAUUGGCUAUCCUGACUGAGGUUCUUUUGUUGUUUUUCUCAGUCCUUGGUGAACACCAGGAUAGUACCUUGAAUUAGGCCAUGACUUGCUUCCUUCCACAUUCUUUCCAAUUCACUUAUCAUCUCAUUAUUUGAUGAUGUAUGAUCUGAGCUACUGACAGUUGUCAUUGAAUAAACCAUAAAUCCAUAGAUUUCAGUGUGACAUUUUAUGGAUUCCUCUGUCAGUGUUGAGGUACUGUUCAGAUGAAUGGAACAUUAUACAGUGGGCACAUUGCAUAGCCAAGCAAGGCAGUCACAUUUAGAGCUCACGGGUCCAAAAUUGCAUUUAACCCUUGUGCUGUGCAGUAUUUUUCACUUUGCUAGAAGAACAUAAUGUUAAGAUUAUUUUGAUUGUCAUGCUAUAUGAAUAAUUACAAACAGACCAAUCAAAAAACAGUGUUAUAUUUAUAACAUAAUUUUUUACAUAUAGCUGCUUAAAAUUGAGAAAUGCUGAAGUGUUAAAACUCUACAUACUCUAUGGCAGUAUUAUGCCAACCAAAAGAAUAUGUUUUUAUAGCUCAGAGGUUAAAGUGGAAUGUUGCAGCUAAAGGAGUAGAGUAUUUUUCUUUGAUGUAGACUAAAGUCAGUGCAGUUUAUGAUGAUGUGUGGAUAUUCAUCUGAAAUUCAAUGUCGCAGCAUAGGAGUUCACAAAAGUAACAGGAUAUAUUUUGGAAAUCUUUUUGAGACUGAAGGUUUAAUUUAUCAUCACUGAAAAAGGAAUGUAAUCUGUAUACCUUCUUUGAAGGUACUCAAAAUGUUUGUUAUUUAUAUAAUUUUGGUGUUCUGGUAUGUGGUAGUGUAAGGAUUAGUUCAUUAUUUGCACAGGGAGGGGAAAAAGUUAUAUAUCAUUUAUUUCAAUGACCACAUGCUAAUUUAAUAUAAAGUUUUUGUAGUAUUUUGUCACACAUACAUUGUUUAGUCUUGAAUUUGUUUCUUGAGCAGUACUGUAAAUGGAUUGAGUGCAAUCUUAAUUGUAUUCUUAAAUUCUGAUUUCUGGUUGCAGUUUGUUUCAUUUUUUAUCAAACUUGUUGUUGGAACUGACAUUUGAGAGCCAUGCAGUAAUACUGUAUCUUAAAAUAUAUGAACAAAUUGAGGUUUUUAAAGUGAAUGAAAAUAGUACAUGGCUAGUCCAUGAAGUCAGUGUGUUGUAACUCUUAGAUCAGCUGCACCAAGCAGUAUUGCUUUUUUACUUCAUUACAUUGAAUUAAAAGUUAAUGUAGGAUAUUGUUCUGAGUACACACAUGAAGCAUAUUCACCAUGUAUCUCACAAAUUGUGCCAACUCUGUAAAGCAUAGGAACUUAACAAUUUUGAUAUUUUGUACAAUGUGGCAAAUAACACAUUCAAAAUUGUAUAUAUGGUUAACAAAUUUACUGCUGUGAGUAGAAAAGUUUGCAAAUCCUAGUUCUUUGCUUACUCAGUCCCAUAUUUAAGUUUCAUGUAUUUCUUUUACGGUUGACUUAGAGGAGACAUAAUUGGUGCCUGUCAGAUGGAUCGUGGAUUAUGUCAGUGGAUUUAGAGGAAUUUGAAUGAAGAGUGAUUGUAGUAAUAUGUACAGUCACUUCCUAAAUAUGGUAAUUGAAUUCUGGUAAUACUUUCUUACUUUUAUUGUUGAAAAAUCACUAUUACUUUGUGUCUUAUAUAACACCACCUAAUACAAUAUUCUGAUCCCCUGACAUUCUAGUGCACUGCCAUGAUAAAAGAGUGAGGGGGAGGGGUAAGUAGUUAAUUAUUAUUGCUAAGAAAGAGAAAUUAAUAAUAUAUGAAGAUGGUUGAUCCAUCAGUACUUAAUACUUUGUGUCUAAAGAGUUUAAGCAUGCACAGUAUUUAUUACAAGAUCUUUGUUAUUGGGUUGAAAGUAAAUAUUAGUAAACAUAUAUAAUAUAUACUAAAUAGAACAUGUGGUGUGAAGUGAGGACCCCCUCCCCCCUCCUGGUUAUCUACAAUGCUUAUUUCUGUACACUUGAGAGGAGUUCAAAUCAUUUACUGUUUUGAGGGAUUUUGUAUAUGUUUUGUGAUUGGCAAAAACUCUUAAUAGAUGCCCUGAAAGUAAUGUGCAAUAGAUUGUAGUCACAUACAUACAAAAGAACGCACAAAUUUAACUACUUUAAAAGUAUUGUAUAAAGUAUAUUGCAUAAAAAUAGACUCUGUUGCCUGUGAGCGAUAAAUGUGAAUAAAACAGCAACAUUUAAGAUUUUCAAAUUUAUAAAUAUAGCUGAGAAUUCUAAAUGUUUUUUAUAAGUUAUUAGAGAAGUGUGUGUACAUAUAUAUGUACAUAUUCAUACCAGAAGCAUGAAAAUUUUAAAAAUAUGAAAUACAAGAUUUUAUCUUUUUUUAUAUGCUGGAAUUUCUGCAGGUAUGAGAGAGUUUUAAUUUUAACUGUAGUAGCAAAAUUAAAAGUUUUAAAAUGUGUUGCUAUUACAUGGAUCAUUCAUGUGUGAAUCUGGUUUUACAUUUAUUUGAGUCAUUGGCUUUAACAUUUUAUUUUCUGGAGGGAUGCUGUUACAGGUUUGACUCUCCUUAAGAUGUUCAGGGAUUUUCACAUUAAUAGUCGCAUAUUGCAUCAGUAGUCAUUGCCACUUCUCCCCCCCCCCCUCAAAUUUUUGUUAUGUUGUUUUCAAGUUGAGUUUUAUAUGUGUUGUAUUUGGUCAUAUUUUAUUAGAUGUGUGUUAAAUUUUUUAAAACUUUAAUAUUAUGCAGGAUAAUAUAAAUCAUGUUAAUCUGAAUUACUUAUAAAAUAAUUUUUUCUCUGACAAGUAAUUAUUAUUAUUUUUGAGGAGCAGAUGUUUUGUCUGUAGACUUCCCUCACAACCAGUUUCCAGUGCCAUUAGUUGUCCAGGAUGACUACUGUGGCUGGUUCAAAAGAACUAAAUUGAUCUAAUGUUUCUUUAUAAAUUAUGUUAUACAAAUAUCUGCUUAAAUUGAUAGAUUAAUGAAAGCAGUGCUGUUGCUCUCUGUAUUUGUAUUUCUGUUUUGUUUUAUCGCUUUCUUACGUUUAUGUCAUUACAAGCAUCUUAUUUAUUGUGUACUUCAGCAAAACCUUACUGAAAAUAUUUAUGUUUGCUCAUGUUCCCUUUUUUUAAAUGAUGUUGACAAAACUUCACUCAAGUACAUAUUAAAAUACAUGUACGCACCGUAGCAGUACUCUCUCUCUCUUAAGGUUAUUUGGUGUGUUACUGUCAAAUUGAAAUAUUUCUAAUGCGGAAUAUCCACACACAAGAGAUAACAGUUGUUGUUAAUUGUUUUUCUCAGGAACAUUUUUUGUAUAUUCUUAUGAGACCAAUACAAGAAAUGCCUGACCAAGGAAGAAUUGAGAUUCAAAAUGAAUGUUGUGUCUGUUUUCUGUUGUGUUUUUAGGACAUUCAUCUAGACUGUUCCUGCCUAAGAGACCUUCUAUCACAUUUUCUUGAGUCAAUAUAUAUAUUUAUUUCUUUAUCUUUUCCGUGGUCAGUGUGGUUCCAUCAUUUUGUCAUCUUGCCUUUAUUGAAGAAUUUUUUUUGUGAAAAAAAUGUUUAUCAGUGAGAUAUUUAUUACAUGUUAACACUGAACCAAUGUUAUGAGGCUAUUUACCAACUGUAAUAUAAAAUACAGUAUCAAAUAGCAAAUUAGUAAUUUUUUUUCUGACUUUCAGUCUUAUAAUGUUACCUUCAUGAUCUUAAUCCAUUGAGCAGAUUCCUUGUUGAGACGCUGAUAGCCACUUAACUAGCCAGUAAAUUCCCUGCGUUUUGUGGAACCCAAAGGUUUAUUAAUAUGUUAACAAGAGCCCACCACUGGUUUCUAGCCUGAUCCAGAUGAAUGUGUUUCAUUACACCUCAUGUCUUCAUGAUCUAUUAAUUAUCCUUGUAUCUGCAUUUUCAUUUCACAGGUGGUCCCUUCCCUUCAGGUUUACCAACUAAAAUCUGUUCACGUGUGCAUUUCUUAUCUCUCCCAUGUAUGCUACAUGCCAUACUCAGUUAAUCUACUCUGAUUUAAUUAAAUUGGAGCUAGUUGAUCUAAUGACUUUAAGGUUUUGUCGACAUCACUUUAUGUAAAGAGGGCAUACAGUAUACUAAAAGUGUUUUGGACAUUCAGCCUGUAUAAAGAACAUCAGAUCUCAAUUGUUACAAUAAUGUUUGAUAAUCUGGCAUUAUCAACUGUUAAUUAGACUAUUUUUUCUUCAGUCAGUCUUUACCAACAUGGUACUUUGUGGGAAGUAUGUGUUAGUAAAUGGUUCAAAUGCUUUAAAGAGAAAUUGUUUCUUUUUCACACAGAGUGAGUGUUUUUCAUGCAUGAUUGUGGGUACAUUAAAGUGUUACUCCUAGCUGUUGUUAUUAAAGGUGAAAAGACACCCAUUCUUAUUGUACAUAUUAGGUAAACAAAUAUUUAGUUGUACAAUUUUUACAGAACUAUAUAUAUAUAUAUAAAUAUUAUAGACCUUGUGAAUUUAAUUGGAAAUGUCACAUAGCAUGCUUUAUUGAAGCCAUUGUUGUUAGUCUUAAAUUUGAAUCUAAUUUUGUAAAAGGACUUGUGCAAACCAUAAGGGUCCAUAUACAAUACAGCCAGACAGGAAUUAUUUUCUUUGAAGGCUUGCAUCAAUACCACUGUCUGAACCUUCACAGUCGUCAUCGUCACGUUCACUACUCGUUUGGUUGAUAAGAAUUAUAAAAUUUAGAUUGUAUUGUUAGAUAUUGUGCAUAAUGACAAUUUUUUAUGUUUCGUACAAUGUGUGAGUGAGUACAAACGUUUUUAAAAUAAUAUUACCUGGAAUGAUACAUUUGAAGAGUUCUUUCCACUCUUUUAUGUUUUUAAAUAGUUACAUAGAUCAGCCAGAAACUUAGCACAACAAUGCAUAUAUCCUUAUAUCCUGUACUUACACAUUUCAAUUUCCUUGAGAAUGUUAAUUGUUUUAGAUACUGAAACACAGUAUGUGGUUUUCUUGAAUGCCUUCUUUAUGUCAAUAGUUAUGAAUCAUUGUUUAAAAUUGUUCCAACAUAAAUUGCUUCAAGACUAACCUUGUUUUUGUAACAUAAAUUUGUUAUAAAUUUCCACAUCAAGUAAUGUGUGUGAUGAUGAGAGACAGUAAACCAACAUUGGUAUUUAGAUGCUUAUGGAAUUCUGUAGAAUGGAUACUGAAUUAAACUUACAAGAACAAGGCUACUCUAUUGCAUAUCAGUUUUAAAUUUAAUAUACAGUAUCAUAUUGCUUCAAUAUGUUGAUGCUGCAUUGUGAUGUAUCAGUAAUUUGGAAGUUAAAUAAUUUGGUCACUAACCUGGUAAGAGUUAUAUUUAAUGCAACUCUUUCAGUCCAAAACUUGGAGGGCCUAAGCACUAGUCACAAAUAGAUAAUAUUUUUCCACAAGUAAGUGGCAUGACCAGCAAAAUGAACUUAUACCUUGUAAGCACCAAAUCGUUAAUGAGACAUUAAAACCAUCUCGUUGACAUUAUUUCUUGUUCUUUACAAUUUAAAGUAAUUUCAUAAUUUCAUUAUAUUUGAUACUUUUUACUAGAUCUUUUUAUAGUCAUUACAUGGUAGAGUACAAAUUUUGUUAGCUACUAACAGUUCUUGUUUCUUUGUGACUGCUUGGGCUGUAUAGUUAGUAGAAAUCAGCGCAGUACUUCUCAGUAUAUUUUACUGCAGUAACAUUAUCUUCCUCCUUAAUGAUUUGUACAGUCUGAUAUUGUUCUAACUUUGUACAGUAUUGUUAAGUGUACUGCUCAUAAUGGAACAUAUUUACCUUUCAUCCACACAGACCAUUACGAUACCAUUUUCAUUAAAUGAUUUUUCUGGUAAA